CGACUGUACGCGUGGUUCAAGAAUGUGUUAUGGUUGAUAGUGUCCUGGUUUUAGAAGGCAGAAAAUCAAGUAAGCGAUUAAUCUGUUAAUAUGUUGAUUCGUACUAAUCUUUUCUUGCAAAGAGUCGAUAAAAUCUGGCGAUUUGUCCGGUUGAUAGUUGGUGAGAAGACGUAUAGACACGGACGAAAUCGGUUUGAUCGGAUCGACACAACUACAUUUCCGAACUUCGUGUUAAAUGCUUAGUUUAUGCCUCGUGUUUUUCAUAUCAUAGUUCAGAAAUGAAAUAGUAGCAGUAUAAUCUGCAAUAGGAUCGUUAAUUCGAUUUCUGGAAUUAACAUUUUGUACCGUGAGUGAUAUGAGUUAUUUGGCUGAUUGUUUACUUGAUUGUUUUGGAGGGAAAUUUUUGGGUCGAUUUCUUUGUUUAUGUCGGAAGUGAGUUUCUUUUUCUAAUUGUGCAUUAUAUUUCUAAUAAUGUUCUUGUUUGUUCUUCAAAUCGCCCUAAUUUUUUUAAUCAUACGUAUGCAGUUAAGUGUUGGAACUAAAUGCAUUGCUCAUUAAGGGCAUUUCAAUUUUUGACAGAUAUAAAGUUAAAGGGAAAGAAAGCCGAUUCCUUCCUCUGACAUGUUAAUUGUUAUUAACACCCAAUGGUAAUAACAGACAAGAUACAGUGAAACCUCUCCACAUCUCAGCCCAGAGUCUUGGGAACAGGGUUAAGUGGUCAUUCUUUACAGGAUAAAACAAAGCUGAAUUGAAUUUCAAAACAGUCUGUGGUCACGAAACUCUCAGAUACUUUAUUGUUAUUGGCUGGCUGUUAUUGUUAAGGCCAGGGACAGUUUUGCCUCAUUAAUCUACUGUUUCGUCUGACAAUGAAACAAGUAGCAAGGGCACCCAUGGUCCAAUGACAGUUUCCUCUUAAAUACAUUGCAAACAGUUAUUAGGCUAUCCCGAUAACUUUCAUAUCGCUGGAGAUGAAUUCUAUACAGCGCUAUAAAAUAUGUAUCUGUUUGGUCAUCGACCUAGGGUAACCAGAGUCUUUUCAAAGUUACAAGGGCUUCAGUUAUUAUUUUCCCAAAAAUUUUAUUUGAGAAUUUUUCUGAUUCCUCUCUUCACCACAUUUGCCAAUCUGAGAAUUUUAGGUUUUGUUUUUUUCCAUGAAAUAUAGCCUAACCUGGGGAGGUAAACGUGCCAAAUUUUAUGGAAUUUGUAAGAUAAGCUUCAAAAAGCACACGACUGGAACGACCUUUGCCACUCUCAUGCUGUAGAAAAUUCUAGGCAAUAUUUGCUUCUCCCAACAGUUGGGUGUCCCUGUGCACCUUGUGCCCUCCCCCUCCCCCCACCACCCCAAGACAGUGACCCUUGGGUGUGUGGAGGGGUUGAAACAAGUGAAUGUAUCUUCUUCCUUGGGGUAACAAAAGUGCCCCUUGUGGAGUAGUGGCCAUUGGCAAAGGUUCAUUUUUAGGUCUGCUCGAAGCAGUGUCUCUUGAUUUGUAGUUUGAUUUUCCCUUGACCUGUUUUUUUUAUUGGGUGAUUCCUAAAAAUAUCCAUACCAUGCCAUGGACGGGUUUUCAGAAUUCCGAGGGCAAGGUGGGGUUCUUUGAACUGGACCUCUUUGUUUUCUGUUAAGGGAAAAAUUGUUUCAUGGUGUUUGUUCUUUUAUUUUACUCCAUCUGUGUCCGGUACACGAAGAAAAUGCCCCAAAUUGGGCAUAUUUGCGAACCCUGCUGGGAAUUCCAAAGGGUUUGACGAAAAAGAAAAUCCAAACGGGAGGGGGGUUAAUGAUUAUGUAGUUACAAGGGCAUGGGGGGGAUAACCCAUUUUUAAAAUUCUUAAGGCAAGGGUAGGUUAAAGUAUGGAAACCAUCUUUGGUGUGGUACAAAUAUUUUCUGGAAUUACCCCGUUUAAGUUGGUAAAUAGCAAAUUCAGCAAGGAUAGUUCUUUCCACAGGAAACUUUGAUUGAUCUUGAGAGAGUUACACAUAAAAGACAAUUAACAUUAAUUUUUGGUGAAAAAAAUAGACUGUCUUCCAAUUUUAUUAUUCAGCUGCUACUGCAUGUUUCUUUUUGAGACUCACUUAAUUAUCAUAUACCAAGGAAACAUCUGGAGGUUUUCUUUAAAAGAGAUUAUUUUGAGAAACUGAUUUGUUUUGUUGAAUUAUUUUAGGUGAUUACCGGUAAACCAUGUCACAAAAUUCCACUACCUCUCUGGAGCCCAUUCUAAGUCAGGAGACUUUUAAUGACAUCUUCUCGACAGUGCAAAGCAUUCUCAAACCAGAAGAUUUGUCAAGGUAACAGUUUAAUAUAAGUCUUCUGGUAGGGUGUGAUAAAUACUGGUGAAAUGCAGAAUUUCAAGUACAGCUGAAGUUCACAUUUUGUGAAGAAAGGGCUAUGCAAUCAUGCAGCAAACGUUAUUUAUUCAGGCAUGAUGCGUAGUGUCCUACAGGUGUCUAUUACAUUGUCCUAUUUAUGCUGAAAUUAGUGUGGCUGGUAGCCUAUCAGAUUAGAGCUUUUUGAUAUUAAUAUUAGUAAUGAUUACUACAGAUAAAAAGACUGAGUGGUCUCCAAUUCUGUCUGUAAUCAUACAAGUGAUUUUCAAAAUCGGAUUACGGUGUGGCUGGAGUUUGAUUUGUUUUUAAUUAAUCACAAGUAUGAUUACAGGCUGAGGUGGAUGACACAAAGUUCUAUCAUGAAUAAUAACUAUGACAAAAUUUAUUAUGUUUUAAGCUACAUUGUAUUUUAAAACCAAGAGUGCUUUAGUCACCCUUGGUAUUCUUUAACUUACAAGAAAAUACAAUUUCAUUAUUUAUACUACUACAUGAGAAAUUUCUGCAAUUUGAUUGGCUUAGAGCAGUGGUAUUUCAGCUUAAUUUGAAAUACCUACAUGUGAAAAUUACAAACCUUUUGCGGGUAGUAGUAUAAACAAAUAAUAGCAUGAUUUGUACGUGAUAUUUGGCAUAAAUACCAGUCGUGAUAUUUUGAAAUUGUCUCAAAUUUUGAAAUUACGUAUAACAAUUUAAUAUCACUAUUACCUAUACUAAUAUGUGUAUGGUCAUUAUUUUCUGAACAAUAGGAGCUAUACAUUUUAUGUUUACCCAAAUUGACCGAAAGAAUGUAUGUCCCACUUCUUCUGUCUCAGAUACUUGUAACACUAACAGUACUUUCUGUUUUUAGGAUUCAAACGGAAUAUAAUGAAGCACCCAGAGUCGUUCAAUUGACUGAAAGCAACAUACAUGGUAUAUUCUUAACCACUUUCUUAUAUGUAAAGAAAAUACGCACUGCAAGGCCUAUUGUUACUGAGUGAGAAGUUCCUUGGGUUAAAAAUUGUUGCAAAAUAGUAUUUUAACGAGGAAAUUAGUAACAUUUGGUUUAGAGAGAUAGGUAAAAGGCUUAGGGCUCUCAUUAAAAUUUCACGUUGCCAAGUAAAUGACACGAGUAGGUGAGGAAUCAAACAGCUGGGGAUUUUGUUUGCUUUUAAUUUUUCUUCCAUUUUCCUACAAAAGUAGGUGGAAAUCAUGUUCAUAAUGGUGGGGGGAUAUCCCGGGCUCGCGGUCCUUAAUGACAGCCCUGAAGGCUACACAGUACCUGGGAGCUAUAUACGACAACAGUUGUUGGGGAUCACAGUAUAUGAAAACAAAAUUGUAGGCUUUGGGGAUUCCUAGGAAUCUAGCAAACAAGAAGGCAUUAAUGAUAUUUUUUUGAAUUGAGAAUCAUUCUCUGGCACUUAUACUUGUUGCUGGGCUGUCACUUAGAUUUCAAGUUGCCGGGUAAAUACAACAAGUAGGCAGGGAAUCAAACAGCUAGAGAUUUCUUUUGGUUCUAUUUUUCUUCUCUUUUCUAAUGAAAGUAGACAGGGGCCACGUUCUUAGUAGCUGGGGGAAAUCCUUGACCCCCACCUCUUAAUGACAACCCUGUACUGAAAUCUCUACUUGCUUUUCUGUUUCUGUUUCUUUCAGAAAAUGUGAUGUUUAACUUAGAGGCAGUAAGCGUGGUGAGACCAGAGGUAUGUGUAACUAUCAUCAUACUCUUCUCUUGAACAGUAUCCACAUACAAAACAGUUAAACUCAUUGAGCAGUUACUUACCAAAUUCCUGAAAAGUCGUUUCCGAUUGCCUCAUAAAAUUAUGCCAAAGAAAAGCUGCUUGAAGUAUGUUGAGCCAGUUUCUGUCCACUAUUGACCAAAAAGAGCCAAGAUUGACCAAAGUACUGUUUACAACUCUAAAUUAGCACCAGUUCAGGAAUGCACUGUUGACAAGAUUUCAAGAUUGUACAUUCUAUAGUUGUAGUAGAUCUAGAUGCAUUUGCGUCAAAAGAUUGACCCCGUAGGAACCUCUAGGUCAUUAACUAGAUUUUAUCUCUACAACUUUAUGGUCUACAGGCUUUAAAACUGCUAACUAGGGAGUCUUUUCUAUUUGUUUUAACAGCUUGAAUUUCCUUUUCCUCCUGACCAACCUUUUACAAGAAUUGCGUUGAAACAAGAGCCUAUAGAAUCGCCUCCAGAACAAGACACUAAGCCAUUCUUUCCUCCGAUGGUGACCACCCCUCCCCCUGAUCUUCCCAACACACAGCCUCUUAUUGUGUGCAAUACAGAUUUCCCAGGCUAUUAUGGAUUCGGCAUUGGGUUUGAGGAGGAAAAAAGUCCACCCACCAAGUCAGCACAGUGGACUUAUUCUCCUUACCUUGAGAAGUUAUUUAUGAAGAUGAGGUGCAUUGUUCCAAUGAGAAUAAAAAUGCAAGGUUAGAUAGUCACAUUUUCUAUUAUACAGCUGGUUCCACAAGUGGGCAAUAUGAAGUUAAUCCUAGUAGUUCUGAUCAGCCACUCAUCUUGCCUGCAUGUUAUUUCCCGCUUUAGUCUUGCAAGAGAAUAGUUCUCUUGGCCAAUGAUAUAAUAUUAUGAUAUAUCCCAUGUUGAUCCAGCUGGAGAAAACAGCUGACAUUUUGCAACACCACCAACAGUUUCCCCGCAAAAUGAUGUCUGAGAAACGAGUGCAGAAAUUCCAUACUGAUGAUGCAUUACUACCCAGAUCUGGGUACUGCUUCUUACAGGCAGAGCAUGGGGUGGGGAUUUGACAUUUUUCAAAAAUUUCAAUCCAUGUUUUAUUACACUGCAUAGAAUACAGAAACCUAUAGGAGAAAGUCCACGUUUUGUAAGUUUGAAUAUACCGUUCUUAGUAAAGGGUACAAAGAAAGUCAGUUUUAUAAGCUUUAUACAGUGACUGUUGCAAAUGUCAGUCAUACACUGAUCAAUUGUACUUGCAAAAAUCGACUUGGUUUCUCUUUACUUCCAUUUACUUGGAUACCACAGUGUCUUAAAAGGUUCAAUUGAUCAAUACAGUAAAGUCCACUCACCUUUGGCUUGUUCUUGUUGGCUUCCAUGAUUUCCAGAUCUUUUCAGACCGUACAUCGCGUGCGUGAAGCGUGGAAGUGGGGAAACAUAAUAUGAACAUAUUAUGUUCAGGCUCAGUCUCUUUCGUCCGAGUCGGCAGUCAAAUCCAUCCCCACGUCGGUCCCAGUUGGGCGAAGAAAGAUUCAAAUAUCCCCUCCCCCAGGAGAACAAGAUUUUUUCAAAUGCCCUACCCCAGGGCCAACAAAGACAAUCAAAUCCCCACCCCAUGCCCUGCUUCCCCCCCUCCCCCCUACCGGCUUUACAUUGAUAAGUGCAUUAGCAAAUAGCUUUGGGGUUUCAAUUCCUAAUCAUUUUUUCCGAAGGAGAAAGUCCACAAUAACAACCAGCUUUACUGACAAGUCGCCAGCUGGUGACCAGCUAUGAAAUUCUGGUUGUCAGUACUGAAUAUUUAGUUGCAUUGGCGACCAGGAAGGUACAAUUUCUGACCCUAAUUUUGACCAUUUGGAUGCGAUCUCUAUGAUCUGUGUGAGUCAGGUGGACAUUGGAAAAUUAAUGUGGUCCAAAGGAUCAUGGGAGAUGUGUUGGUUGCAUCCAAGCAUAGCCACAUCUUGUAAACUUAGCUUGGCUUGAUUUAGAGCCACCAGUAAGGAAGCAAACCAUCAAUGUCUUAAAUAAAUUUUUAAAUCAGGGUUGUCACAGAAGUUUCAAUUUGCCAGGUAUAGGCACUUAGUAGGCAGGGAUUUGAACUGUUAGGAAGAAAAUUUGGUUCUCUUUACUGUAGCUCUUUCCUUUCGUGGUCAAUGAAAGUAGCCAUGGGCUAUAUUCACAAUAGCCAGGAGAAAUCCCCAGCCCUUAAUGAAAGCCUUGUGUUAACCAGUUUUGUUUUGUUGCAGAAUUUCCUACCACUCGUGAAUUCUUUGUUAGGGUUGUUGUAAUUUACAAGCAACCAGAACAUUAUAGAGAAAUUGUCGAGCGAUGUCCUAACCACAUCACAAAACAGAAAGACGGUGAGCCAGAGUCGAGAAGUCUCUAUUUAUAAUAAUUCUAACAUCCCAAUCCUCAGAGCGACCCCCUCUGACUUAACUUGUUCUGUUUUCAGGGCAUCAUGCUCCAAAGCAUUUACUGAGAUGUGAAAAUCCACAAACUCUGUAUGAGACCUGCCCUGAAACUGGUCGGCACAGUUUGAAAAUACCCCUGGGAGUAGCACAAGGUGAGUAAUGAUAUAGGGACUUCUAGAAAUUAAUGUACAUGUACCUCUAGCAUAAAAUAAGGAAUGAGAAUGAAGGCGUGGCUGAAAAAUACACCUGACCUGGGAGUAGCACAAAAUGAGUAUAACUGAUCAGCGUGCAAAGCAAGUAGUGUCUGAUAGCCCGGGGCUAGGGAAUUUUGCUAUCAGGCUAGUGAAUUUUGAACUUAACUUGCCCGACAGGCAAGUGAAGUUUUUUGAGGAAUUCAAAUUAAAGAAGAACUGUGAAAUCAAUUCUCUCAUCAAAACGUUUUUGGAGCUCGUUGAAAUGACAUUUGGGCUAGUAUAUAUGUUAGCUUCAGCUUGCCUGAGUGGCAAGCUUUAAAAAUCACUUUCUUUGCACCCUGGUGAUAAUUUGGGAGUUUCCCUUUUGGAAAUACCUCAAGGAUUAGUCUUUUUUGUGUUUUAAAUAUAUAGAAGGACUAUAUUUUCAUUUCAGUUAACUGUAAUAAAGUGUUUUGGCAUCUGUCUCCAGAUAAACUGUCUGGUUACGUUAAGGCCCAAGCAUUUUCAAUUUAGGACUCAUUGGUUGUGGACAGGGACUGAUGAUUUUUGACAAGAUGAGUCCCAGGACUCACCAUAACUAUUUGUAACAAAAUCACUGGAGUAGUAUGAUGAGGGGGUUUCUUACUGAUCUGACUGAUCUACCCUUGGGAUUAUCAUAAUGAAUUGGAAUUCAAUGUAGAGGGCUCUUGCCUGUUUUUAGUCAUAAAAACUAGUGAUAACCAAAGGUUGCAGAGUGCGGACAACAACGAUCGAAGGUCAAAAUGCUUUUACUCCAUUUCUGUGCUUUUGCGUAAGUUUCACAUGACAGAUAGUCAAAACAUACGUGAUCAGAUUAUGAGUGAAAGAAGGUCCAAUUUAAAGGUGCCUGAUCAAAUUUCUUCCUGUGCAUUCCAAUCGUUCUUACUGGAAGAAAAACAAAUGAUGGCUAGCACCUCAAGCGCAAUAGUUAAAAGAACUUUGUCUUCUUUUUCAUACAAAAGCUUGCAUUUCUUUUGCUUUUUUGAUUUAAAAGGCAGCUUUGAUUGAUUUUGUUUGUUUGUUUUGUUUUGCUUUUCAUAGCUGGAAGUGAUUUUGUUACUGAAAUGUUUCAAAUGAUGUGCUUCAGCUCAUGUCCAGGAGGCUUAAACAGGCGUCCAAUCCUGGUGAUCUUUACUUUAGAAUAUGGGUGAGUUUGAUUGCUUUGUCUCACAGUACUCUUUUUCUUAUAGAUCAUAUUUCAAUUCAUUCAAUUGGCUGUUGCAAAUCAAACACCUCUGGGCAUUAAAUCCAUUUCUUGUACUGCUUGUGACGUCAUCAGUUUCAAAUAAGCAUGAAAAACUUUGACAAUAACUUGUGCUGGAGGAAGAGGUCUUUCAAAUGAUCCCCAAAAGAGCAUGAUUCAUUCAAAGAGUCCAGAGAAAAAUGCAAACAAUUCCAAAGUUGACUGGAAAAAGUCCUAUGAGAAUCUUGUUCCACUACCAACCUACCUGUACUUCCUUGUUAAUGCCGACAAAAAAAAAGAAAAAACAAAACAGGCAAAAGAAAAGUGAGAGAAAAGAGCUUGAGGAGAAAAAAGGAAAGGUAAAAUUUGAGGAGGUAACUUUGACAGUUAAACCCAAAAUUAAAACUAUAUUAAUUUUUUGAAAUUUGUUUUCUGCUCAUGCCUGAACUUCAGAAGCUGAUAUUUACGAUCAGGAACAGAAGGUCAUGAAGUGCUCAACAUGUAAACAGUGUUUUGAACAGUUUUGGCGGGACAACUACGAGCAAAGAGCCAAGCAUUUUUUGGCAAAAUUUUGUAAUUGCAAGUGGGAUACUGUUAACACUGUUAACACUGUUCAUCCUUUACUUCCAGAAAUAGAGUUGUAGGGCGAAAAGCUCAAAAUGUCCGAAUCUGUGCUUGUCCCGGGAGAGACAGAGGGAUUGAGGAAAAUGCAGAAGCAAAAAGACGAGAAAGAGACCCAACAUUUAACUCAUCAGAGACCCAAGUACAACCAAUCCGUACAUCAACUCCCAACAUGACGCCACCCCCUACCCCUCAAGUGAUUUCAGCUCCUCACAGUCCCCCUGCUGAGGGGCCAUCGACAUCUGCAGGAAGUAGAGAGGAAGCGAACAAGGCACCAGUACCAAAACUAUCCAAAAAACGAUGUGAGUAUUCAGAUUAUUUUUUAAUUCCUGAUCUUAUAAGACAGAAGUGAACUAAAGCGUAAUGGUGAUCACUGGCUUAAUCCUUUAAGUCCCAAUAGUGACCAAGAUCAAUUUUCUCCUAACAACAGCCAUACACUGUCAAGAGAUAAGUUAUGAGAAUUAAUAAAAUGAUCAAAUAAAAAGAUCUUCCCAAACCAACUUGUCAAAUGCUUUACAAUACUUUAGUCCUGCCAUUGUUCGAUUACUGUUCGCCUGUCUGAGACAGUUGUGGUGUUGGGAGCAAAGCCUAUCUAGAUAAGCUUAACAGACGUGCCGCAUGUAUUAUUGAAGGUCGAUCUAUCGGGGCUGAGGAGUUAAAAUCAACACUUGGCUGGCCUAGCCUACAAGCACGCAGAAAUUAUCUAAAAUGCGUCUUAGUCCAUAAGUGUCUUCACGGAAUAGCGCCUUCGUACUUACUUUCAGAGUUUAGACACGCGCACCUUUUCCAUGGCUAUAACACCAGAAGUCGUAAUUUGCUGCGCCCUCCCUUCGCAAAAACUACCAAAUACCAAGGUAGCUUCAGAAUAAACGGUGCUCGGACCUACAACACCCUACCGAGAACCAUUAGACAAGUAUAGACCCUCAGUGAAUUCAAAAUCAAGCUAAAGCGCUACUUUAAACAGUAACUAACACCUGUGUUACAUGUUGUCUUAACUUAGUUAAUUGUCUAAUUUUAAUAUUUUAAUGUCUUUGUUUUUAUGUUUUAUCAGGGAUCCAUUUAAACUAGCUCUGCUAAAUUGGAUGCCCCUGGAUUAAUAUUGAAUUAAAAAAAAAAAAGAAGAAGAGAAAAUGCCAUGAUCUUUUAUCAAAUUCUCUCAACUAAUUCUUUAUGGGAAUUGUAUGGAGAUCAGUUUGGAGAAUUUGUACGUGGAUAUUGGGGCUUAAAGGGUUAAAAGUCAGUAACACUAGGAUGGUCUCUGUUGCCAUUUGUUUAGUCCUACCCUUACCAAGCUUGAAAAGUACUAUCUGCCUGCCUAUGUGGGACAUUUUAGUGCUUUAGAUUUUUGGCCAGAUCGACAAUUUUUGUGGGUGUUUCAUGGUACUGUGAGUUGAACACUAUUGAUUUAUCAUCCUAGUGCAGAUGGGUGUGCUCAAUAUAGAUGGCGAAGAUUUACUAUUUAUCCCCAGAAGUCUUUGGUCAUAGAUUUCACAAACUAUUGGUUUCACUCUGUGGUAGGAUAGUGUCAUUUAUAUUUUGUCCAAUUUUUGUUGAAUUAAGUGAACCACCGGACCUCUACAGCCACAAAGAAGGAAGGCGAAGGUACGUUUCGUCAAAAUCUGCUGAUAAGUUGCUGUAACAGUGAACUGUGAAUAUCUAUGACUGGCACAUUUUCUGGUAAAAUACUUUUUUGGCAGUUUGUCAAGUUAUGAGAAACAUUUUCUUAAAGACCCAUUAAUAAUGAAUGUAACUGACUGUGCAAGUUCUGUUUGAUCAUUUUUGAUCUUGUGGUGAAACUUAAGUUAAGAAAAUUUCUUUAAACUGCAGAGUGAAACCAACAGUUUGUAAAAUGAUAUUUUUUUCCUGUUUAUGGAAUGCGUAAUACAAGGCUACAAUCUUGGACAAAAAUUGUUAAGAAUUUUGCAUUUUCUCUCCGUCACUGAAUGCCAAUCUUGCAGAUUUGGUUGUGCUGAGGCCCCACUCCUCACCCUAGGGUGGUCAAUGUUGUUCAGUUGAGGUCAGAAAUGAUCAAGCAGGACCUCAACAUUGUUUUUUAUUUUUUUUGGGGGGGGGGGGGGGGGAGUAUUUGAAACUGCCUAUGCUUUCAAGAGCUUUAUCUUGAUACGUAUUAGACAUGGAAAUUUUUGUUCAAAAUUGUAGCUAUUUAAUCCUUUAUUUCUACAUGUUGUUAACAAAGGUCAGCAUAGAAAAAAAUUUAUAGCUUUUUUCAAAUUCCAAAUGAUUGUUUCUUGUUUCUGCAGCGUACUCCUCUUUAUCAUCAGGGUUUGAGGUUCGUGCAGUUACUGUGGAUAAAAACCCUCUGAAGAAACUUAAGACUCAAGAUGAGGAGAUUUUUACGAUACAAGUGAGUUUAUUUUCAUUUAUUAGUCACCUUUUGGCUUUAACUUUUGAUUCCUGGACUAGAGAUGUGGUGUUGCUCUAAUUUAUAUUUAUUUUUUCUAUGAACAAAUUUCUCCCUGAUUAGGUCUCUGACAGACAAUUAGUUUUUAUCAUUUUUUUUGUUUUUGAUUUGUGCUGAUAUACAAAUUUCAAAUUUAAUAUAUGCUUGUCACACUCCAGCACACUGGGCCCAGUGGUUCGAAGGCUGAUUAACACUAACCCAGGAUUAAAUUUAAACCUCGGUUUCUUAUUCUUUUGUUCAAGAGCAUUUUCUCGGGUAAUUUUCCCCAUAUCUUUAUAGAGCAUCAAAUCAUGGAAUUCACUGAAGGCAAAAAGAGCUAGACUGGAUUUGCUUGUUAAACCACUUUCAAAUCUGAAUUUUAAGCUUCUUACUAACCCUGGGUUAUGUUAACCCUGCUUUGAACAACCCAGCCCUUUUGGAUAAUGUAAUCCUUUCAGCCUAAGUCUAUAUUUUUCACUGUAACUUUUAAAUCUGUCGACAAAAUCCUAUAGUUUUAACAUUUUGUUGGCAGAAUUAAUGCAUGCGUGGUUUUAGUCUUUUUUGUGUGUGUAGGAUUUGGCUAAGAAAUUUGAGGGGUUUUUUUGUGUUCAUUUUUUUCUUUAGCCACCAAUUAUUGUAAGUGAAAGGGUUAAAUGAAUUUCAUUGCUUGGACAAAGUUUAAUGUGCAAGUGUUUUGUAGCUGUAAUGUUUCUAAUGUUCCUCUUGCUGUAGGUUAAAGGGCGUGAAAAAUAUGAAAUGCUCCUUAAAAUCAAAGAAGGCCUAGAUUUAAUGGACUUAGUGCCACAGGCUCAAAUUGAUAAAUACAGGGCCAGGUAAGAGUUGAGUGACCGACCAAACCUUAUUUUUCUGUGUAAGGCCCAGUUCAAAUGAAUUCAACAUUGUUGGUCAACAACUCCCAACAUUGUUGGAUGUUACGUGUUGUUGCAUGUUGCUGGCAGUUGUUGUGCAAAGCUUGAAACUGGUCAAAGUUUUGAGCCGACAACUCCCAACAUCUCUUUUGUUCUGUCAGCUGAUCACUGAAGUGAAAUGCAACAAUGUUGGAUCCAUUUGCACAGCUCUUUCAACAUUGUAGGGGCCAUGCAUACGCAUUACCAUGUCAUGGUCUCCAAAGUCGUAAGGGUUGCAUCCUUCUCUCGAUGGACUGCAUGUCCCAACGUUGCUGCAUGCAUUUGCACACCACUGCCAACACGGACACAACAACUUGCAACUUUGUUGGCCCAGCAAUGUUAACAGUUGUUGUGUCAGUUUGCACUUAGCUUAAGACUUCAUCCACAGUCACUUAUCUGAAUAAUUAAUUUUGAAUUUUGACAUGUAACAUUCAUAUUCAGGUCAAUCCCCCCCCCACCCCCCCACAGGAGAAAUUGCAAAUUGUAAGUGAUGCAGAAAGCCAAAAUGACAAGCAAUGUUGCAUUGAAUGUCAGGUGUUGGGGAAAAAAAUUAAUAUUUGCAUUGAAGCAAAUUUGUAAAAUGUCAUGGGCAAAUUUAAACUUAGUCACCAGUGAUAGUAAUGUGAUGCUUGGGAAACGUUUUUUCAUGGCCAUGAUGUUGUCAAUAAAAGAGUUUUGCUUGCAUUUUAUUUUCAAAUUAUACUGAUUUUAUCCUAACGACUGAAAUGCAUGGUAUGACCUAUGUGUUAUUAAAUCCCUUUGAUUUUUCACAAUGCUGAUGGUGGCCGGCAUUAACAGGGCAUCUGUAUGUUUACAUAUGUUUACAAAUCCUUUGGUCAUGGCUAGCAAAUAGUGAAUUGCCCCAAUCUUUUUCAUUUCAUUCACACCGGGAGAAAUGACUUUUUUGAUAUCUGUUUUAUUUUACAGCUGUCCGCCGUGUGGAAGGGUGGUGAGAAAUUUGCAAAAUUCGGAUUCACAAAACUCCACGGAUUCACAGCAGGCAAGUCUUGCAAAUGUGCUCAAAUUUGUCAUUUUCUUUUAUUUGAAAAUUAAGUUACAACACCCUGAGAAUUAAAACAGACACAAGUCAGUAAUCAAUAUGUAUUGUUAGAAACUGCUUUUACCCAGUUCUGUCUGUGGAUCAAGGCUGUGCUUAAAUAAAACAUAAAAUAUAUAAGAUCCCAAGAUACUGUGCUUUAUCUCCUAUAUUGAUACAUGUCAACUAGUAGCUAGUAAAAGGUGAUGUGAAGUAACCCAUUCAUUCUGACAGAGUAAGGCCCAUAGUUGCUGCUGUCACUGUCUCUUUAACACUUACGUUUAAGAUUGAAGUCUGUUACACAAUUUACAAAAUUGACAAUUUUUCACGAUGACCUUGCCAAGACUACAAAAUUUACAAAAUUGACGAUUUUUCACGAUGGUCUUGCGAACUGCAAAAUUUGCAAUAUUGGCUAUUUUUCGCAGUGACCUUUCGAAAAGCGGCGACACAAAUUUGACAAUUUUAUGCUUGUAAAUUUCUCAUUUAUUUCUUCUACAAGAAUUAUUUGUUUACUUCUCUUGCUUUUACUAGCUUCAUGGAUACGGCUGGCUGUCAGCUCAAGCCACAUUAUAGAACAUGUAAAUAAGUUAAUGUAAUUUGACAAAAUGGGUUGUUGUUGUUUUUGUCAUCACAGGAUGAAAUGGAUAACACUCCCCCUAUGUUGUCUCAACUUUCACGCUCUGACUCUGGUUCAUCCACGCAAUCGCCCCCUUCAUCUCAGCAGAGCUCUGGCGGAGCCGCUGGAAUCAAUGCUGUGAGGUUCACACUAAGACGAACGGUAUCUUUAGAAAAAAAAUCAGCACACCAUCAUCAUGAUCUACUUUUAGCUUCAUGAGCCAGAGAGAUAAUGAUGGUUUUACAUCUAACUGCGGUUAACCCUUUAAGCCCCUAUAUCCACAUACAAAUUCUGCAAACUGAUCUCCGUAGAUUUUCUUAAGAAUUACUUGAGAGAAUUUGAUAAAAGAUCAUGGCAUUUUCCCUUUAGCCUAAUCAUUUUAUUAAUUCUCAUAACAUUAUCUCUUGACAAUGACUGUAUGGAUAUAAUUAGGAGAAAAUUGUUUUUGGUCACUAUUGGCACUUAAAGGGUUAAAAGUGAGAUAAGAAGGAUCAUGGCCAAAAUGCAUGUCUUGUUAAUGCAUUCCUUUUUGGCUUUUAGGUUAUAGCUAGUCUGGGGUUUGCACAGUAGUUAAUCUCACUCUCUGAACUAAGACUUCUGAGAUGUAGCAUAUUAAUGUGCCUCUUUAUAACACAUGAACUUUGAAGUUUAAAAGGCAAAUGCACCAUAACUAUUUUAUUGCAUUUUUUGCUGUCACCCAACAAAAUUACAGUCACAAGCAAAGAACCUAAAAACACAGGAACGCAUAAAAUGGAUCAAGCUCCCCUGAUCAAAAAUCACAAAGCAUGACCUUGUCAACUUGAAGUAAACUUCUGUUUUCCGAGAGGCUUCUAAGAUGAUCGACCGCAGCAAACAGUCAUUAGUGGGCAUUUGAACUUCAGAGGUUGCAUGCUGUUCACAGCAUUAGUAAAAUAAAUUUUACUGACCAAACAUUUCUCUGCAAACCCUGGAUGUUGUUACAGCUGAUUCCUUAGGGAAUUUCUUAACUCUUCACUGAAUCAAAUUUCUUUGAGAUGUUUUUACUGCUCAAUGGAAUUAUCAAAACACAGGAUGGUCAGAGUAUUUUUGUAUAAGUGGAAUUUCCUGAGGGCGUAGAUUUUAUUUAUCACAGAAUUAUGUGAUGACACAGGAGCUAAAUGCAUAAUGAAAGACUUCUCAUAUGGUAUAAAUUGUUCAAAUUAUUUUGUAGCCUAAUGAUUUUUUAAAAGAUCAAUUUAUUGAAUUUUAGAUUCAAACUUAGCCUCUUCUUAGCUUUAGCUUUAGGUAUCUUGUGAGGCUUUAGACAUGUACAGUGUCCUUGUUGUGUUAUGUUUUGAUAGCCUAUAACACUUAACUUAAUAACUAAGUCCUAAGAAUGAUCAACAUUAAUUUUCUCCCAACGAUAUCAGUACAUAAAAAGAGUAAGGAUUUUGAGAAUUGAUAAAAACGAUCAAUCCCCAAAAGGAAAAUAUUUCUCAACUAAUUCACAAAGGAAAUGUAGGAAGAUCAAUCUUCAACCUGAUCUGAAACCUCUUUACUUUGAGUACACAAUUCAAUGUGAUCUUUAAAUUUUUGUUUCUGUUUGCUCUGUAUUGCUAUAGGGAUUUAAUGUAGGAAAUUUUAGAGACCUUUGGCUGACUUCUUUCAGCUUCAGAUGUCCAUUUGAUAUGAGCGAAUAGUGCACAUUAAAGUAGGAAAUAAUUUUGGGGGGUAAAAUAUGUCAAAACCUGUUUCGGGUUGGAGGCUUUUCAGAAUGUAUAUAAACUGUAUAUUAAUGCAAGGGUUUUGUUUAGACAUGUUAUUGUUAACAGUUAACGUGAUGUACGGCGCUAGUCGUUGCUGUCUGAUUUUAAGAAGUGAGGUGUCUCUCCCCUUCCCAUACCCCUGAUUUUGGGGGAUUCCCAUUUGAAAGGGACAUAUUUUGGUAUCACUUAGCAGGGUUCUAUGUAGGAUUUAUAGUUUGGGGGAGAAGUCCCAAGUGUCCGAAAAGUGAGGAGCUUCCAAGGGGGGUCCGGGUGCAUGCCACCCCGGAAAUUUUUUGAAAUGAGUAUGUGCUGAGAUGCAAUCUAGUGCAUUUUGAGACACAAUUUGGAGAAAUGUUGCACUGACCUCGUCGCGUCUGGAUGAUUUUUCCGGUAUAGUUACUUUUGUAAUGAUAACAACAUUUUUUUGGGGGGGGGGAGGGGGUGGGGAAGCUUCUACCCCUCAAAUACCCUACAUAGAACCCUGCAAGUUAGAGUGCUCAGCAAGGAAUGCCAAUACAGUCAAAUCUAAACCUCUAUUACGCAGUCACCUCUUAAAGUCCCGAAAUCAUUUCCCUCAGUUACUGCAAAAAUGACCAGUAUUAAGUAUUCACGGCCACAUUUCCUGCAGUCUCAAUGAAAUAUUUUUUAUUGUCUUCGCCUCUGUUAGGCAGUAAUUAAUAUGUCCCAUACUAGUGCAACUGAUAUAAUAAGUAUGGCAUUUUUUGUUCUUGUAGAUCCUUUUUUUGGCACAAGAUGAGGUAGAUGCGCUUUGAGUUCAUUUUGUCUUGGGUAGAUAUUUCACUCUUCCUUUUUGCCAUCCCUCUAGGGUGAUAGUCUGCUAUACGGCCGUUUUUAGUGUCGUCACGCAACGCUCCUAAUGGGAAGGAGCGUUGCGUGACGACACUAAAAACGGCUGUGUAGCAGACCACUAGGGUGAACGCCUAAUACGGGUUUGACUGUAUUGUGUAACUAACAUUUUAGAGUUGGGCAUGAAGAAAUAUGGUAGCUAAGGCCUGGUUCAGACGCCGCUCCACUCAUGUGUACAUGCCGAACCAAACUGAUGAAUUACAUACGGCAAAAGAGCGGCGUUUGAAUUUAUUUGGUACGGCAGUUUAAGUUAAUUGGUACAGAAAAAGCGUUUAGUUCCAGUUAGACAAUCGCAUGUUGUUGUAACAGCUCAAGGGUUUUUCUUAUACCUCUUGUAAAAAACUAAGGGGUUCAAAAGUAACUUUUGGGGAGGGGGGGGGAAGCUGGUAUUAUUUGCAUUUGUACUCUAUAGGGUACUGUCAGUCAGUCAGAUUGUAAUAAAAAUGUUUUUAUAAAACAAUUUUCUGUAAAUACCAUGUCAUUCAGUUUCUGAUCUAUACGGUUGCUUUGUUUGCUGUUUCAAUCAGGCUGUGUUUUUAAAACAUUCCGUGCCGAGGAUUUGCCAUGUUUAAAUUUCCAAUGGAUCUACCCUUAACUUGUCGAUCACCUAUGCUCUUUAUGCACUAUUAGGACCACCCUCCUAGAUGCGGCAUUUAUCCCUGGGCCCAGUUGUUCGAAGGCUGAUUAGCUCUUACCCUGGGUUAAACUUAACGUGGUUUUCUUUUUCUUGUGUUCUAAAGCAUUUUCUCGGAUAAUUUUCUCUGUUAUUUUUAGAGCUUCCGAUUAUCGUCUUGUAGACAAAAAGAAUUAGAGCAGAAACGCUUUUUAAGCUUUCAAAUCUGAAUUAAAAUCUCGCACUAACCCUGGGUUAUCUUAACCCAGGCCUUGCGAACGCUAUUUUAGUUCUGAAAAAUUAAAACAAAUGGCUUCAAGAUCCUUUACCUUGUUCAACCAAUUAUGAAACAUGUCCCAAACUAUUAAAAACUUUUCAUCUGUGACUGAUAACCAAUACGGCAAUUGCUGCAUCAUGCUAAAUAUCACAGCUUACGGAAUCGAAGUCUGUUAUCAAAAUUUGAGAAGUUGCAAACGAUGAACUGGCGAAUUUCAAUUGCAGGCUUCUUAUCGCUGUUUCGAGCUAUUUUUCUACUUCUCACUGCUUGGUUACAUAAACAUUACGCUGUCACCUGAGUAGCGAAAUAAAAUAAUUCCAGACACCCCAAAACAAUAGCUCUCUUGACCAAUGAAAGAGAGAUUUGCAGACUUCUUACGAAGAUCACAGCAGUAAGAACUUAUUUAUUUACUGUGUUGCUAGGUAACUGACGUCACAAAGUCUUUGUGCCGUGAACGAUUACGACAAAAGAAGACAAAGGACCUCCCUUGCGACCAUCGAUUUCGGAGUAUUUUGGUUUCUACGACUGACUUAUUGACUAUCUUUUUGAUUUCUGCUUGCUUCAAAAGUUGAUUCUGGCGGUAAAGUCCGGGAAAAACCUCUGGUUACAGCAGAGUUUGCUCCUACGCGACAAAAACGAUGAAAAUUGAGCUCGAACUUUGCAUAGCGCACAGCUGAAACACCGGCAGCAAAGAUGACAGUGCCAAUUAUGUCCGAAGAGUAAGUGUCUUUGUCUUUUCGUUUAGUUUUGCGAUCAGUCUAAAAGGCACAUAAAUAGCAAGAAUCAUUUGUAUUACUUUAGGUCAACGCAAGACGAGAGGGAUAACUACACUUCUGUGCCGAUCGUAGUCCUUACGGUUCAUCGCGCACAAGAAGAAGCGAGGGAGCAGAACCCGAAUGGCAAUUUCGAAGAAGAAGACGCAUUGCCAGUGAGUUGAAUAUUGGAGAAAAGCUUUUUCUAUCUAAAUACACUACAUCUGAAGUUAGAGGAAAUUUAUAGCCUUAAAAACUAAGGAAAAAUACAAAUUUUUGGUGUCGAGUUGUUAAUCGGCAUGUGAACAACAUGAAUGGCUUGUUUGAUGACAAAUCGCGGCAAAUAUGGCUUGUAUUUGGAAUUUUACCCGCGUAUUUAAGUAACUCUUAAUCCCCAGUUGAUCGUCUUAAAAUUCCUUGAUGAUCUAUUGUCUUGUAACAACAUUUUUUUAUGCAUAAGGCCAGUAUUAAAAAACUAUUCUGGACUGUUGAACAUGUGUUGUUGUUUUUGUUUCCGAAAUCAGCUGUAAGCUUAUAACGAAACGACCAGUUUUAGCCCUACAGUACUUAAACUUACAUGUAUAGUGUCUUAAAUAGGAAAAGUGCAAGGUUAUAAAAAUAGUUGACAGUAAAAAUGUGUAAAAGGAAAACGUUUGACAGUAAGUCAUGACGGAAAAAAGUAUAAAUUAGCUUAAAUUGAAAUCUUUAUACAGCAUGGGUAUUUCUAACUUUGCCAUCUUUGCCAUUUAUUUUUAAGCUCCCGUCGUCAAAAUACAGGUACAGCAAAUGGCAUGAGCUUGAAGAUAUGGAUGUGAAGGGAAACAUGUUACGGUCACCAAGGGUACGAAGAAGUGAGUAGGAUUGUGUAUUCGUAUUCCCCUGCGCUCUUCAAGGGUGGAUGUAGGGGAAGGGUGUAGUGUACGGGGGGUGCACCCUCCUCCCUGAGAUGACCUGCAGCUUUCUAACACAACUGGUAUUUUACAAAAAAAAGCACUUUGUGGUUUAUUGGUGUCAAAGUAAAACAUGAGACAAGGUUGAAAAAUUAAACGCUGUAAUGUCAAAUGCCAUGAAAAUAGCGGUUUGGCACUGAAGUCUGUGGUAUUGUUUGAUAUGUAUUCUCAGCAGUUUACAUUAUGUUAUUGCCUAGUCAAAAGCCUUCUUCUUUGUAUCCAUAUUCUUUGUUAUGCCAUUUCUUAGUGGUACACCCCUUCCCAAGAAGAAUCCUGGAUCCACCCCUGCUCUUAAUAUUUUGCCAGCAUCAAACGAUACAAAGAAUUUGCAAGACUGCCAAAUUCAUCCCUUGCCAUAUUCUCUGGUCACUGGAUAUUCCAUUAAUUUUGUUAUCUGCAUCCCCGCCUUCCUAUGUAAAGCAUGAUUCCAACAUCCCCCUCUCCACCCCAUUAUAGAAAUUAAUUGGAGAUUUUUCAAAUUCCCACUGUUAUAAGGAAAAGUUGAGGAUCUUUUGACACAAGAUAAGUGUUCCUUGAACUUUCCAAGCUGGUUAUAUAGUAACGUAUAUUCGCAGUACCUCAUAGAUUCUAACACUUUACAUUUGAGCAGGAUUCUGAUAUGGUCCAUUCAGACUGUCUAAAAAAGUGUGAACAAGGGGGAGUGACGCAGGAAUUGUGAGACAAGUUGCAAUAGAAACUGGUGAGCAUAACACCACCUUCCAGAAUUUAAAAUAUUGUUUUCUUUUCAUUUCCUUGUAGACCCAAAAGGAUUUAAAGUAGAAAAUCUUCGAAAACUGGAUGAGCAAGAAAAAUUAGAGUAUGGUGAUUCAGAUGAAGAAGAUGGAAGGAUUCAUUUACCUUUGAAGAAAAAUAAACCCAAAAGAGUGCGCAAUUACAAGAACAAAAUGGAAAACUGGGAAAAUGCCGAGGUACAAUAUGUUAAAUGUAGCUAUUCUAUAACAUUUUAGUACAAACUUCCAAAUUUUGUUUUGUUCUCGCUGUAUUAAUGGUUUGCAUUUGAUUUCAUGGCAGCAAUGUCAGAUGAAAAGAAGAAAAAUGUUUCCCUUAGAUUGGAACUAAUCUCUUUUUUCAUGGAAAAUUGCCUGGUUUAGCCCAUCAAGUCCCAAGAGUAACCAAAGUCAAUUUUCUCCCAACAAAAUCAAUACAUAAUCAUGAUUUCACAUGCAGUCUGGAUUAUUGUGGAUUUGGAUAUUGGGGCUGAAAGGGUAAAUAAACUAGCAUGGCCGGAGUAGCCAGUUAGAUUGAGUGUGGUGUUUAGGGUCUAUCAAGUCUGCUGAUUCCUUUAAAUGUGAAUCAGCAGAGUCACUAGAAUAAAAUAAGACCAUUAUAAGAGCUAUUUUAAGGGUAUAUGAGUAUUUCAUACAAGCAAGAUAUGACAGUUUACUUAUUUUAGCUUUAUUUCUUUCCAGUCUGUUAACUUGUCAUACCAAGACCUUGGGGAUCCAUUUCAGAGAAAAGAAUUUCAGCGAGUUCUCAGAAGGCUGAUGAGAUGUGAGAAUUUACAACUUAUUGAGAACUCCUUGCAAGACUUAAGCAGUGUCUUACUUCCAAGGCGAGCUACUUUUUUUUCUUUUUGCUCUUUACCCCUCGAAUAGAAUUCACUAACCUUGGUGCAAAGGUUUAAGCAGACAGGAAACAAGUUUGUACCCAGAGAAAACACGACCAUUUCCUAGUUACACCAAUGAUACUUAGCAUUUACUUAAGACCAGGCCCCGGUUGUUCAAACGUUGGAUAGCGCUAUCCGCCGGAUAAAUAACUAUCCAGCGGAUAAUAUCCGCUGGAUAGAGAUUUAUCUGGUGGAUAGCGCUAACCAACGUUUGAACAACUGGGGCCAGGGAACCUUUUCUUGAACUUCCUGUAACUAUUAAGCCUUCAAACCUGUUAAAGUACAUUUUGCAGUUUUGUGAGGUUUUAAUAGUUUUACAGAAAAUAUGAUAAAACUGUCAGUUAAAACUACAAAAUGGACUGGUUUGUUUGUUACAAUGAUACAAGGAUCCAUGCUUUCACAGUGUGUAUUCUUUAGAUUUUGACUGCAACAUUUGUCUUCACAUGCGCUCAAACAAUUACCACAACUUUGGUGUAAUAGACCUCAUGGCUUGUUCUUCCCCUCCCAGAAAAAUAAAAUAACUCCUGAGAGUUACACUGUAGUCAGAGAAAGUCUGGCUGUUUUCCUUUAAAUGGUGAAAACCUAUUUUGAUCCAUGCUUAGGUCAUAGAAAGAGUCACUCUGAUCUUAUAAGCAGCCAUGUCUUAAUAAUUUUAUAUUUUUAUUCAAAGUUUUGAUGGUACAGUUAAGUUUUGUUGGGUUUGAUCUGUUAAGUGUCUAAUAAGUUUGUCAUUUAAUGAUAAUAUUGCAGGUGUACACAUCUUUACCUUCAAAGAAAUUUUAUUACAGACUUAAAGGUGAGAAUAAUACCUUACCUUAUUUCAAAAUAGAUAAGGUUCCUGGUAUAAAAUCCUAAGUGACUUCUGAUUUAUUGCUAAGUUCUCCUUUCAGUUUGCCUUGUAUGUACAUGAGAAUCAGGGGGGAAUUUAAAAUAAGAUUAGGAGUCAUCUUGGGCCUUCUUUCACACACCUCUUCUGUCAAUUUACUCAUUCUUUCACAAUAUGUUGUUUGAAAUUGCAUGGUAUUUAUGAAGUACUGAAUACUAAUCUCUUUUUCCCUUUUUCCAAUGGCAGAAACUUCCCAAAGCCCCACUACUUGUACACUUGUCACUACAGCAAAACAAUGUUGAAAGUUUAAAUGGAUUGGAAGUACUUAGAAAGACUACAAUUCAGUCACUUGUUCUCAAAGGAAAUCCAGUGGAAUUAGACCCUACCUACAGGCAACAGUAAGUUAAAUUCAUUUGAUUUGCAAGAUUGUGAACUUCCACGAAAUCAUUUUGAUCUUUUUGUCAAAAAAAGUGGGUUCGUUUGACAACAAUAAAAAUAAUAUUAACUUGGAAAGAAGAGCCAAAAUUACCCAAAUUUUCUUCAAUAAUAAUGUUAUGGUAAUAGGACUGAGUGGAAUCUAAUAAACAUUAUAAAUAAUAAAAUCACGGGAGUCCAAUUUGUUCAAUCAUAAGUAUGAUUAAUCCGAAAAUUGAACAAGGCAGAGCAUACCAUGUAUGUGAAGAAAUGCCACAAGUCCUUGUUUAUUUUCCUCGGGUGAUCAGAUUUUGAGAUAAUUUACUUCUCUUCAAAAGGAAGGAAAGUCAUUGAUAAGAAUAAUGAAUACAAAUAUCAUAAAAUAGUAAGGAGAUGUUUGUUUUCAAUAUUCCUCAAUGUGAUCGUAUUUUAUUCUGACAUUGACAGUGAUGAAGUCUUUAAAUCAAUUAAAAUGUGUUAAUAAAGCUUUCUUAAACACCAAAUUCUUUUUUCUUGUUUCAGGGUUUUCAGCAUUCUACCUCAGCUUCAGCUGUUGGAUGGAAUUCCUAAAUUGGAAAGCGAUUCAGGAGAUGCGGUAGUCGGUGCAAAGUCCUGUAUUGUGUCAUAGCAUUUCCUUGGUAGACCUGGACUAAUAUUGGUUGUCCUGUGCACGACAUCAAUAGGCAAUGGAAUUCCUAAAUUAGAGAGUGAUUCAGGAGGUGCAGUAGAUGGUGCAAAGUCCUGUAUUGUGUCAUUGCAUUUACUUGGUAUACCUGGACUGAUAUUGGUUGACCUGUGCAGGACAUCACUAGGCAGUCUGUCUUUAAAAGCAUAUUUCUUGAUGAAGCCAUUGCAAGAGAAGGGGAACACAGAUGACUGAAUACACACUGAGAUCAUCUUUGUGUUACCAGCAGUGGAACAUAUUUGGAUUGUUCUUUUAUGAGAAAAUCGCUAAGAAUGGUAUAAGAACUCCCAGAUCAAACAACUAAUAAAGGGUAUUCAGUGAGGUUUCAACUGUAACAUCUGAUGAGAAUUUAAAACUAAGUUGACAAAGAAGUUAAUUUUGACAAAUCUCUUUAAUCUUGGUGUCCACUAAAAGACCUUUUUUCACUUUUGCUCCAUUCCUUUAUAUGAAAAGGGAAAAUCAUGACAUGUCAGCUCUAUUUUUGUUUGAGUAGUUAAAUUAAGGAGCCUUGAUAUUUUUCCUUCACUUUUGUCCAGUGUUUAACCACAGUUCUCUAUUCUACAUAAAAGAAACAGCUUGUCUUAAAAAGAGCCAAGUUAUAAAGUCAAUAGGUUUGACUUCGAGUUUAUGAAGAAAAGACAUUUGUAAAUAGUGUAAAAAUAUACAUAUUUCUAUUGAUGAUUUUGUAGGAAGGUGUAAAGUAUAUUUAUUUUCAAAAAAUAUUUUCUUUGAGGAAGGGAAAUAAACUCAAUAUUACGAAAAAUGACUUUUAAUUGUUGUUGUUUUUGUUAUUCUUUGUUUUACC